GGCACUUUACAUGGGAUUCGAAUCGGUAAGGGGGAAGGGGAGGAGAGAAACUCUCAUGUAAAGGGCUAACUUAUCCACCCCUCGGUCACAACCUUUUUGAUUUUGGACGAAUUCUCUCACCACCUUAUCUCCAAUCAAAAUCCAGCAGCCCUCUGCUUCCCUCAUCAGUGCAUUGCAUUAGAUAUUCCUUAGCAAGAUAGUUUUGAUACCGUACACAGAAGCGGCCACAGACCACAGUCACAGGGAAAAUGGGGACCCUUCUCAGGGUUGAGUGCUUCUCCUUCCCAAGAACUCUCCCAAUCCGUAAUCGUUUACUUCCCAAUAGAAAUCCAUCUGUCUCAGCCCUAAGAACAAGCCCACCUCCUGUGAGUGAACUUGCAGAAGAGGACAUUCUGCAGGCGUUCUUUAAGGAAAGACAGUUGAAUGGAGACCUUGUAUCAAAAGUUUCAGAUGUGUUUUGGCAGAAGGAAUUUACGAAAUCUGUUGUUGAUGCUGAUGAUGUUGGCCGAUUUGCUGACACUCCUCAACAAGCAGAGCAGGUUGCAGAAAAUGAUACUGGUGGGUUUUUGAAAUUGUCAAGAACCAAUGAAUGGGUACUAGGUGACAUAUCUGCACCAAUAAAUAAAAAAGCCAUUGCUAAGGCCUUGCAGAAUGACAGUGAAAGAAGAAAGAAACUCAACCUUCUUCAAUAUGAAGCUCUGCAGAGGGAACUAAUGCUAUUAUCUGUUGGUAUUGGAACCGCAUGUACUGGGUAUUGUUUAAUAGCAUUAUCAUUCCAGGCUGCUGUCAGUUAUGCUACGGGAGUUAUUUUCAGUUGUUUGUACCUUAAACUCUUGUACCAGCAAGCAGACAAUAUAUCCAGAGAUGCAGUCCCUCAAAUUUUCAGGCAGAGGAAGACCAAGAAAAUUGGAAUAAGAAGUGAGGAUGUUGAGGAUUUUCUAGAGAAGUCAAUAAAGGGCUGUGGUAUUGCUCUUUCAUCUCCAAGGCUUGUAAUACCAGCAGCAAUAUAUGGAUUGUGGAUUCUGUCUCGUCAAUAUUUGGCCAGCGAUCUCUUUGAUUUCCAGCUUGUGCCAGCUAUGCUUGGGAUGUUUGUCUAUAAAGCUGCUGCUCUUUAUCAAGUUUAUAGAGAUAAUGAAGACUUACAGUUUAUCUUUCCAGAAAAUGAAGAAGGCUUGAAAUGACUGAAACAUUUGAUCUUUUGCAUUGUUCAUAAUUUAACAAGCAGAGUCAGAUGCCUCGCAGAAAUUUUGCCCCAUAAGGUUACAAAAGUAGCUUUCCUUCGUCAGUACCUGUAUUAUAUCCUGCAUGUAUGUAUAGUCAAACAAGAGAAGCAUCCUCAAGAUUGAGAUGAAGUAAUGUGGUCUGAGCUGAUGCCUGUUUGAUUGAUUGGUUCAGGUUAGUUUCUGAAAGUUAAGACUAGUAGCUACCUUAUCCCUGUAUCUCUAGUAAGAUCUGUUCAAAAGCUAGUGGUUCAUGGUUAAUGAGUUUAUCCUAAGGCAGGUGGCCUAAAACCUAUUUUACAGUUUACAACAAAUUGGCUGCUGUAAAACAUAGUUGACCAUUUUAAAAGAUUGGCAAUUUUGUUCUGAAGA